AUGCCUCGUCCUGGGAAGAACUCUUACAGCGACCAGAAGCCUCCAUACUCCUACAUAUCACUGACAGCGAUGGCUAUCCAGAACUCAACCGAAAAGAUGCUGCCUCUGAGUGACAUUUAUAAGUUCAUCAUGGACCGCUUUCCGUAUUAUCGAGAGAAUACCCAAAGGUGGCAGAAUUCCCUGCGACACAACCUCUCUUUUAACGACUGCUUCAUCAAGAUCCCUCGGCGGCCUGAUCAGCCAGGGAAAGGCAGCUUCUGGGCUCUGCACCCGGACUGCGGUGACAUGUUUGAGAAUGGAAGUUUCCUGAGGAGACGGAAGCGCUUCAAGGUGCUGCGCGCUGAGCAUAUGGCCUGCAAGAGCUCCCCGAUGAUGCACUACUUUCACCAUCACCACCACCACCCAGGCGGCAAGCUGGGAACGGCAUCCAGCCACCACGACCACUCAGCUGGCCCGGCAAGCACCGUGGGUCGGCUCCCUCACUUUCAGGGUUACGGGGGUAUUACUUGCGCACAGCCCGGCGGGUUUAAACACCCAUUCGCAAUCGAGAACAUUAUAGGUCGGGACUACAAAGGUGUGAUGGCCAGCGGGCUCCCCCUCACAUCAGUCAUGCACCACCUGGGUUACCCGGUGCCACCGCAACUCAGCAGCGUGGUCAACUCCAUGUGGCCGCACGUCGGGAUGCUGUCGGAGUCCAUGGGUGGUGUGCCCGUGCCCGCAUCAUCAGAGUACGCGCCCUUCAGCAUGUCAGCAAAGGGCCUGUACCACAAUGCCAACGGGCAAACCCUGCCUGCCGUCCCCGUGCCAAUAAAACCCACCCCAUCCCUGGGUCCCGUGCCCGGUCUGACGGGGCUGCAGUCCGGCCCGACCCAGCUCUGCUCACCAGCGUCAGUAAUGGAGAAAAGUGAUCUGCUAGAGGGGAAAGGAAACCCUCUACACCCGGCACUCCUGCUGUCCUAACUGGGUAAAUUGCGGGUUGUUUUUGAAAACAUGAAGGGCAUUGUCACUGCAUAAAGUAAGACAGAAUAGGCCUGUCAGCAACGUCAUAGUUUAAGUUCAGUGCAGCUGUAGGAGAGUUGUAAAAAGUAAGGUUAACAUUGUGCUGUGUAAUGAAUAUUUCAUUAGACCCAUGUUGAUUGAAAUCAUAAUUUAUUUGCACAGUUUGUGAGGGCACUUACCACAUACUGUAAUGUGGCACUGAUAAAUACAAUCAGACAAGUAGAUACGCUGAACCCAAAGAAAGCUCUGAUUUGGGAGACAAACCAACAACUCUGUUUCUAUUUUUUGCUCUUAUUCUAUUUAUUUUAUUUGAAUCUAUUGGCAGGCCUUUUGGCUUAAAGACAAAUAGGCCUUCAUGUUGUUUAAUUGGCCUGUUGCACUUUUUUUUCCGUGUGUUACUUAGCGGUGCAUUGAAAACGUUAUGCUUGUAU